AUGUUCGCCGCCCACGCCGCGUUUCGCAGGGGCGCGCUCGCGACCGCGCGACGGGGAAUCACGACAUCGCGAACCGCGCUCGGCGGCGCGGACGAACCGGCGUACAUCCACGCAAAGCACAUGUACGACGUCGGGGCGACGAAGAACAGGAAGCUGGUGUUCGGAUUGGCGACAUUCUCGGUGGUUUUCUUGGGAACAGCGAUUCCGAUUUACGCGAUCAACUUCCAACAAUCUAAGACGCAAGGUUGA